AUGUCCUCCAGAAAAAUAUAUUGUUGUCGUGAAAUAUCUGCAGCGGUUCCAGGGUUGCCAUUGAUAGGAAAUCUACUGCAGCUAAAAGAUAAGAUAUUUCAUCAGACUUUUGCAAACUGGGAAGAAAUCUAUGGACCCAUUUACUCCAUUAAAAUAGGAGCUUCUACUAUUGUUGUCCUCAAUAACACCGAUGUUGUCCAAGAGGCAAUAGUAACUAAAUUCUCAUCCAUUUCAAAGAGGAAGCUUACUCACGCGAUGAAAAUACUUGGAACUGAUAUUCUCAUAGCAAGUGAUUCUAAUGAAUAUCAUAAGAUGGCAAGACGACUUGUAGUCACUCACAUGCUGGGAGCUGGUGCUCAGAGGCGACAUCGUGCACACAGAGACAUCAUGAUGGAUAACAUAGUGCGUUGCUUACAAGCCCAUGCCAAGGAAAAUCCUCUCAAACCAGUAAACUUCAGGAAGAUACUCCAAACUGAAAUCUUUGGUCUAAUUUUGAAACAAGCAUUAGGAAAAGAUGUAGGAUCUUCAAAAUAUAUUGAAGGUCUUGGUGAAACUUUGUCAAGAGAUGAGAUCUUAAAGGUUUUAGUGUUGGAGCCACUAUCGGGAGGAAUUGAAAUGGACUGGAGAGACUUUUUCCCGUAUAUGAGAUGGGUUCCUAAUAAAAACUUUGAGAAACACAUUGGACGGAUGGAGACACGCAGGCUAGAAGUGAUGAAAACUCUUAUUGAGGAGCAACAGAAACGGAUUUCAUCGGGAGAGGGAAUAAAUUGUUACCUGGAUUGGUUGAUGUCGGAAGGGAAAACUCUUACAAAGACACAAGUGAGCAUCUUGAUUUGGGAGACCAUUUUUGUGGGUACCGAUUCAAGUGUACAAACCGCAGAAUGGGCCAUGUAUGAACUUGCAAAAAACCCAAAAUAUCAGGAUCAAUUACACCAUGAAAUACAAAAGGUAUGCGGAAACGGCAAAUAUACAGAGGAGCAGUAUUCAGGGGUUACGUACUUAGGCGCCGUUUUUCAUGAAACAUUGAGAAAGUAUCCCCCUUCACUAAUAGCCCUUCCACUUAAAUAUGUACAUGAAGAUACUCAACUAGGAGGGUAUGACAUUCCUGCUGGAACAGAGAUUGCCAUCAACAUCUAUGGUUGCAAUAUGGACAAGAACCAAUGGGAUUCACCCAAAGAAUGGAAACCCGAGAGAUUUCAAGAUAGUAAGCAUGAUCCCAAGGAUCUUUACAAGACUAUGUCAUUUGGAGGAGGAAAGAGGGUCUGUCCAGGAGCUUUGCAAGGACUUCUGAUUACUAGCACUGCUAUUGCCAGGUGUAUUCAAGAGUUCAAGUGGAGUUUGGAACUAGCCGAAUCGGAGGAAGAAGAUAUAAAUACUACUACCCUCACAACUCAAAUCCCCAAUCCUUUUCUAGCAACUCCAAGAAAUUGUUGAUGGAGUCGAGAUUAGGUUUUAAUUUAUUUAUUUUUAAAUAAAACAGAAACUGCGAGCACUAUGAAUCAGAGGCCUUUAUACGUCGUCCGUUGACUAGUCAACUGUUAAUUUGACAUCACGUUUGAGAGAAGAAAAAACUACGUAGUACUCACUAAUUUUCCAGCUCUUCUAGUAUUUGUUUUCAUUCUAUAGGCACAUUGAAACCCACACCAAAGACACCAAAGGCCAAAUGCAGUAUCAUGCGGGCAUACCUCUUUCUGUACCUUAAAUACAU